CCGGGUCGCCGCGGGCCAUGGAGUAGCGGGGCGCGCGGCGGCUCCGGGACGCGGGGACAGACGCCGGGACAGACGCCGAAGGACGCCCGCGGCUCCGGAACACGGGGACAGCCCCUCCAGCGAGCCGAGCUCCCUCCAGCCGAGCGAGCGCACGAUGCGCGGGCCCGGGCGCCCCCUCCUCCUGGGGCUGCUGCUGGUGCUGGGGGCGGCGGGGCCCGGGGUCGCCGAGCCCCGGGAGGCGGCCGACGGACAGACCGUGCUGCGGCUCAUCGUGGAGAUCCUCCAGGAGCUCAAGAAGUACCACUCGGGCGAGUCCAAGAGGCUGCAACUCCCGGGCCCGCACGACUACGCUCUGGGCCGCAGGGAGGUCCCGGACUACCCGGUUUAUCCCGAGGAGCAGCGAGUGGAAAUUGUUCCUCGAGAUCUGAGGAUGAAGGACAAGUUCCUCAAACAUCUUACAGGUCCUCUUUACUUCAGUCCAAAGUGCAGCAAACACUUUCACAGACUUUACCACAACACCAGAGACUGCACCAUCCCUGCAUACUAUAAAAGAUGUGCCCGGCUUCUUACCCGGCUGGCUGUCAGUCCAAUGUGCAUGGAGGGCUAAGCAGUGAGCAGAGCUGCGGAGAACCGAGAGCCCACGGACCAUGAGAAGUGCCUUGGAGACCAACAGGGAGCCGACCCUGCUGCCUUCAC